AGCCCUCAGUAAAAGGGAGACAGAUAGUAGUAAACUGUUUUAAGUGAAGCGAGAGGGGCUGUUUACCCACACCUUGUUUAUAAAAACAACACGUCAACUCCGUCUACAGCUGUUUUCAGAUCAACAACAGUGGGAUAGUGUGAAUGUCCAUCCGGGAGAGUUUGAUAUUGACAUCCACCGGAGCGACUCUGAACUUCAGCAGAGUUUACUUUGGCUUUUUCUGGAGACUACAUGCUGGGGCUUGGAGCUGACUUCCUGAAGACUGUGUCAUAGAAAGGGAAACCUUCGUGAAAAGCAGGAGAAAGGCCUGUUUCCCAUUCUUCAUCAUACUGGAGGCUGCAGGAUAAUUACAAAAUGGCAAGAAGAGCCCCGGUUCCCUUGUUACUACUUGCAAUAUGCUGCCUUACAUCUGCAGGACCAUUGUUUCGCAGCCCAUGUGAGCUGCUGCCUGUGGGGAUGGGACACCCUGUGCAGGCCAUGUUGAAGAGCUUCACCGCCCUGUCAGGCUGUGCAAGUAGAGGCACCACCAGUCUCCCCCAGGAGGUCCACAUCAUCAACUUGAGAGGACAUGCUCCAGAGGGACCAGACAACACCCUGGUAGAGGUCGAGCUGCAUCUGAAGCCCAUCCAGUCUCUGCUGCGCCACCAUAAGCCACUGGUCUUCGUGCUCAACUCCCCCCAGUCGCUGAUCUGGAAGAUCAAGACGGAGAAUCUGGCCCUGGGCAUGAAACAUACCUUUCAUGUACCCGAGGGCUCCGAGGUCCGCUUUCAGUCGGGCAACUUCUCCCUCUCCUGCCAGAUCCAGGAAGAGACCCUUCCCCAUGGCAACGAGCACCUCCUUAACUGGGCCCAGAAGAAGUACAGAGCAGUCACCUCUUUCUCUGAGCUCAGGAUGACUCAAGACAUCUACAUCAAAGUUGGAGAAGACCCAGUGUUUUCUGACACCUGCAAGAUUGAUACCAAGUUCCUGUCUCUGAACUACCUGGGCGGCUACGUUGAGCCACAGACAUCAAAGGGCUGUGUCUUGUCUGGACCCGACAAAGACAGAGAAGUCCACAUCGUUGAGCUCCAAGCCCCGAACUCCAGCAGUGCUUUCCAGGUGGACGUCAUAGUGGAGCUGCGGCCUCUUGAGGACGAUGCCCCCCUUCAUCGUGACGUCGUCUUGCUGCUCAAGUGCGCAAAGUCGGUCAACUGGGUCAUCAAGGCCCACAGUGUGAUCGGAAAGCUGCGUAUAGUGGCCUCUGAUACCGUGAGUUUUGGAUCAAACACAGAGAGGCUGUUGCAAGUCUCAAAAUCCCCUAAGCAACACUUGCCAUCGGGAUCACAAGCCUUGAUCAAGUGGGCAGGGGAUCAUGGCUACAGUCCUGUAACGUCCUACACCAGCACCCCUGUGGCCAACCACUUCACUAUCCGACUAAGAGAGCCAGAUGUAGUGGAUCCUCUGGAGAGCAUGCUGCCUCCAGAGCUCUCCAUCCUUCGGCACUCCAGUCCUCAUGCAGGAGGAGAAGAAGGAGGAGUUGCCUUCCGACGCUCCGGCUUGCCCUUUCCUUUCCCUCCACCUGGGUCCGACAGCCUGCCCUACCUGCAGCUGCCCGGCUCCUCGGAUGAGCAUCCGUGGAAAAACGGAGAGCCUGAGGAGCAUCAGGGUGUCUUGAAUGUUGGUCUCAUUGUGCAGUGUGAGGAGACAAAGAUGGUGGUCAGCAUCGACAAAGAAAGCCUGCAAGCAAAUGGUUUAACUCAUGCUAACCUCACGCUCCAAGAUCCCGCGUGCAAAGCAACAGUCAAUGCCACCCACUACACGCUGGAAACUGCUCCUGAGGGCUGUCAGACUACUGUGUAUCCCAUGCAGGGCAGCCCUAUGGCCCUCCACAUCAACUCUGUUCUGAUAAGUCAUACUGAGAAUAAAGAUGGGAGCGGUGGGCCGUUGGAUUAUGAUGACCUGGAAUCUGGAGACGUGCUGUUCCCGAGGGAACCAUUAGAGAAGACGUUUACAGAGCCCAAAGAGCGCCAGGCCGUCAUAGUGUUUAACUGCACAUACCAUAAGCACCAGGAAACCUCAGAACCCGUUCACAGGAUUGUACCAGGACCGGGGAAGCAGCCGGUCAACAACAUGACAUUUAACAUGGAGCUGUACAACACACUGCCGUUCAACAGCCCGUCACGGCAGGCCUUCUACAAUGUUGCACAAAAUCAGCAAGUCUUUGUGGAGGUCACAUCGACCGCAUCCGAUCCGGAGCUGGGGUUCACCAUCAUCUCGUGCUUUGUUUCUCCCGACUCUAACCCCAGUAUGGCCUCAGACUACCCUCUCAUUGAGACGGUCUGCCCCACGGACGACUCCGUCAGAUUCUAUCCUCAGAGGGAUUUCCCUGUCCCUAACACACAUGCGGAGAAGAAAAGUUUCAGCUUCAACUUCAGCUCAAAUUUUAACAUCUCCCUACUUUUCCUGCACUGUGAGAUGUCUCUGUGCUCCAAGAGACCUCAUAGUAACCAAAGACUACCAGCGUGCUUGCAUCCAGGUGAGAUGUGUGAUUCUCUGAGUCUGGACAUGAUCGUGGCACUGAUGAUGAACACAAAGACGUCGACCAAGCCGUUAGUCGUCGUGGAUAGAACCAGUCAAUCAGACAAAGCAGUUAGUCCCACUCCUAAAGCAGCACCUGCUGACCCCUCUGAUGACAGCACACUGUACGUCCUGGACACUCCGACUGUGGUUGGGAUCGCCUUCGCAGCCUUUGUGAUCGGAGCUCUGUUGACCGGAGCCCUGUGGUUUAUCUACUCACACACAGGCGAGGCAGCUGCAGCCACACAGCAGGUCCAGAAGUCUCAGCCUGCCUCAGAGAACAGCAGCGCGGCCCACAGUAUCGGUAGUACACAAAGCACACCCUGCUCCAGCAGCAGCACAGCGUAGCCCAGGACGAGACCCUGCCAAGGCACCGGAGGGGUCUGCGUUCACGGGGACUGGUGUGCUCAUCUCCUUCCAUGAAAGGAAUUAUGCAGUCAGACGUUAUUAAGUAUGAUUGAAAAUAAUAUUAGUAAUAAUAACACCUUUGGUCCUUUUGUAGAUCCCUUUUGUGCCACCUCAACCAAGUGCUGCCCCCAACGUAAAGAAACACAUGCAGGCAUCUUUCUAAUCUUAAUGCUGUUUAAAUCCCAACACAGCCUUUUGUUUUGACCAUACAUGGUUGGAUUUAGGCUGUUUAUAACAAGCAGGUGUACUCGGAGAGCAUAGACAGCAGUCAGGCAGCAGAGAUGUCAGUAUUAGUAAGUGAGAUGGUGAUGGCUGGUCUUAAACUUACUGUAUGACAUGCUGACCUUAAAGGGGCAAAAGAGCGAAGCAACCACUAAAAACAUGCGGACAGAAGUGCAGUACAAACGCAAGUCGUCAUCUUCUCAGAAAGAGAGGUGACGGCUUUAUAAAGAAAGUGUAGUUAUUGAAUGUAUACAGAAGAGUAAACACCAAAUAAUGUGACAGAUAAAUGUGAAGAGACAAGUUAAUAAAAGAUGUAUUUUAACAUAAUCACUUUGCUGAUACAUCCCUAUUAAUGAAAGAACACAUGUAGGUGUCUGCUUUCCAUUGCUAUUCAGUAGUUUUAGUAGAGCUCUUCAGUAGACCUGGGUCUGAGACUCAGUUUCAUUCAUGUUAUAAACUUCAUAGGGGCAUUAUGCGUUCCCUUUAGUAGUUUUUGAAAACAGAAUAUUUUAAUAUUUUGGUAAAUGUGAUUGAUACUCUCAUCUCUUUGUGUUGAGUCAAAGCCUGGCACAUUGACUGUAUAUAAAGAUGGAUGGCACCUCUUCACUUUCUCCAGUUUAAAAAAAGUGAAGCCAAAAUCCCCCCCACUAACAGUGCUGACAUAUUGCGCUGCUGACUUCAUUUGGAGCCAGAGUCUGUAAAGUCAGGACCAGCUGGCUGAGCCAUUCUAUUUAUGUCCCGCCUCUUCUGCUAACCAAAAUACAAUACCAUUUUUGAUUUUAUAGUUCGCCCCACUCAAGUCUGUUAACAUAGAGGAGGACAUUAUUAUGACUUAUACCUCAGCCAGCCAGUAGGAGGAGCUCCAUAUGUUCUGGCUUCACUUACAGAGAGCUGUCAUAUCACCCAUCUUAAUUGCCUAGCUUAGCACAAAAACCUGAAGCCAAAGGAAACCGCUCGGAAAGAAGCCCAAAGCAUGAAAGAUGAAUUUGCAGCACAAAGGGUGCUUCAUAAAUCACAGAGUGGAAUUUAUAGUUCUUUCAAGAAAUUACAACCCUCCCAGAAACCACGGACACAGCAGAGCAAGCUAACGUUUUCUUCAUGCUAGGCUAAUAGCUUUGCACCAGGCUCUUUCUGAAGCUCAAAACAAAACUACCAACACCUGUGAAACAGAUUAACGUUUGAUAUUUUGCUGAAAAUAAAUGUAAAAAAGACAAUUUGGUAAUUCAGGGCAGUUGAAACUAUUUCUCUGAGCUGGCUGUUUCCCUCUGCUUACAGCUUUUAGGCUAAGCUAGCUAACCAUCGUGUGGCUUUGGAUCAUUCUCACUCCGACAUCAGAGUGGUAUCAAUUAUCAUAUUACAAUCUAGAAAAUUAACUGAACAGGCAUAUUUCCUAAAAUGUUAAACUAUUCUGUUCUAACCUGUAUAUUUUUGUAAGUGUGUAAAUAUCACAAAUGAGGUGAAGUACGUGCAGAUUCUGUUUCUGUACUUCUGGAUGAGAUAGGAUUUGUUUUGUGCGAGUUAGUUUAUUAUGAGAAGUGUGGAAUGACAGACUAGGGAUUAAUUUAAGGACAUCAAGUAAAAUUAUAGAUUAGUAACGUUGAUGCGGUUUUGUUUCCACUAUGUAUUCCUAUUUAGGACAAUUUAUUUCAAAAUGAAUCUCUAUGUAUAAAAUUCUUAUUAAAUAAUAUAAAAUACUAUUAGAUCAUCUCUCAAUGAUAUUAUUAAAAAGAGAUAAAAGCAAAUCCACAAAUUAGAGAAACAUUACUAAAGAAAUAUUAGCAUGUUAGUCCCAUAAGUGACCGUAAGGGAAAUUAUUGUUGAUUAUUUAACGAAACGUUUCAGAACAUUUAACAUUUAGUUAGCUGCCUGAUGGAAGCAGAGGUUUAGAGGUCUUGUUAUGUUAUAAAGUUAUCUGUACAGUGUGUUUUCUAAUCCUGUUCUUUAUAUAAAUCUUGGCACUGAGAGUGUUAAUAAGCUGUAGCUGAAGCUCAUUAUAACGGACAUACUCGUAUAUUAUUAUGUUUUUUUAAAACUGCAACACCACAACUACCCCACCGUCUCAGAAUCAGAUGAAUGUUUGCUGUCGUGCCUUUCUUUAUCUUGUUUGUGUUUCUAUCAGACCGUCUGUGGGCCCUCUGAGUUUGAGGAGGGAAGUUUCCCUGUAAGAAUUGAACCAUCAGAAAAACAGAAUGUAUGAUAUCUCAACUUUUCAUUCUUUUAUGUAAACAUGUAUAAAGCUUUCUACAGAGGGAACAGAGUAAAAAUAUAUAUAUUUGUGUAUAGAAUUAUAUUUUGGAAUAUAUUUACCAAGAGAAAUUUAUCGUCUUGUGUGUGAAAGUACUGUGAAUUUUAUGGAUAUGCUCAUACAGCAGACAUGUUUCUUAGGGGAUUCAUUUACUUCAUUCAUUCAGGCAUCAUCACUUGUUUUAUGACACUCUGUUGAAAAUUAAAUACUCAGAAUUAUUCUGAUGCUUCUAAAGAAUCCCUCUUUGAGCCUGUUUUACUGAUUUUAAAAACAUAAGGCGGAUGAUUUCCAGCUCCAUCAAGUUUUAAUUAACAAAUAAAGCUGCACUGACAUGCUAUGAACUUCUAUUAAAGUUGCUAAUUGAAUCAUGUGUCAUAAAACUUGCAAUGAGCAUGUGAGAAUAUUUGAUGGAAAUGCCCCCAAAGAGACAUUACCUUCUUCUGUACAUGAACUACAGCUCCUUUUGAUUUGUUCAAAUGAUAAUCUAAAUUCAGAUUUCCCACCCCAAAGUUGACGCAGAUUGAUUACUGUUUCUUAAGUAGAAACAUUUUACAUAAUACCAAAUAUUUUCAUGUGAAGUACCUAAAUUGGAUGUUAUCAAAAUGUUACAUUUUAUGGAUCUAUAUCUCUAACAUGGUGUGAGCAUGUUGGAGCAUCUAUGAGCAGUGCUGGGUAGACACUUGGCAGGUGGAGAUAACCAUUGACACAUGGGAGAUAACACUAUUUGAAUUUGUGAGCUGUUCAGGCCUUACCAACUCUAUCUGUAAAGUUUAGAGUGGUGCUUUUAAGAAGGGUGGCCUGAUUGAAAUGACUGUCCAGCAUGUGUUUAUUUCCCUUUGCUUUAUUGAUCAUUUUACUGCCGACCGGCUCAGACCACAGAUCGUGUUAAACACGGAUGCAGUCUCAGUAACGUCACCCGUUGGUUUCUCUAAAGGCAUUAAGAAGCCCAGAGAUGGUGGUCAUCAUAUUGGGAUGCUGACACCAACUAACUUCAGGCUCGCUCUGGAGACAUGCAAAGAGGCCAAGUUGAAGCCAUAGCCUAACCGCAUGGCAAACAGCUACAAAGUGUCACUCUAAUCAAGCACACCCCUAAUUAUGUCCAGUUAUGCAUAACUCGUAGUCUUAUAUAAACAAAACAGAUGUGUUGUGAAAACAUUCAGCCACAGUGCAGUUUCAACAUCCAAAGAAACUGUUUUUGUACCAGUUGUAAACCUGUGGAGUUUUCUGAAACAAUGAGGUUUCCUUGGUUUUUGCAGUGAGCCACCUGUGAACACUCGAGGUACUGCAGGUUUUUGCACUUCUGCAUUGGCUGUUUUUCAAAACUGGAGGUAGCAUUAGCCUAAUUUAUCACAACAUUCAGACCUUAAAAAUUAUCAAAUAGAUUUGGUGAUGCUCCUUAAUGAUGGACACUGAUGAUAAAAUGACAGUGGACUUUUUUGAAUUGACACAAAUGUUAAUUUAACAAAUGGCUUUGGCUCACUUGCCACAGAGCCUAACAUUGACGUUAGCCAAGCUAACUUCUUUCUCUACAGAGGCUAGAUAAAAAGGAUGUUUACUCUCUGGGGAUGGAAAUACUGUAUGAUAGGCUAACCUUUCUCCACUCUAUCAUUCCCCUACAACCCCCCUCACAGCAAUAUUUACCAUUUUUUUCUACCCAUGCAGUUAAAUUGUUCAUUCUCUACCCGUGGGUUAUUGUAAACAAACACUGAGCCACACAAUCUGGUUACUAUUAAGUCAUACAACAAUACCCAGAUAACAAACUUGUUUAGGUCCUCCUGUUGUCACAGCAAUCACAAGAUCCCCUACAAAUAAUGACUAAAUGAAAUCAAGGCAAAAACGUCCAAUGGAAGCAGUUCAACCGAAAGGAAAAGGGAAUAUAUAAUAAUGUGUGUGUAUUCAGUUACAAUGGAGGAUGGAGAAAAUCCAGCCGUUUCAUUUGUCUCUGGAAACGAAACUGUUUUCAAUAACACUUGAGAAAUGAUUUUUAUUGAGUUGCAUUGGAACCACUCGGUCUUACAGCAACAUUAGAGCUUGUUUGUUUUAUCAGGCCUGCUGCCAGGAGCGUCCGUGCCAAAAACCCUGCUGAAACCUCUAUUCAGUAAAGCUCUCAGUAAAUAUACAGCAGUGAUAGAUAGUGCCCCGGUGCUGUUAUCAUGCAGCACUAUUGUGAACAACAACACUGCAUCCCUCUGUACACAGAAAAUACUUAGUCAGGAUCUGUGUAUCACCAAGCUGAAAUGUGCUGCAGCCUAUAAUCAGCGGUCAUUGUGGGAUUAAGACUUUCUGACGUUCCUGUAGUUUUGAGGUUUCCCUUAUCGACUGUGGUGAAUCCAUCUCCCAUAUGUAAUUAUCUCCUCCACCCCCUCGUGUCGCGCUGUUAAGUGGCUGAGCCUCAAGUUAUGUUCUGGAUCUAAUCUUCUCAUUUGAGAUAAUUGGGGGAUAUUCUUUCACUCAAGCUAACGUUACAGUCCAUGAGAGUUCCCUUUCAAACAUUCCUCCCUGCUUUUGCCUCAGUGCAUGCUGGGAAAGGCUCCACAACUUCUCCCUCUGUAAGAAUUUGUAAAAGUAAGUAAAGAUAAGAUGACAUCAUGAUGCUGUAUGGCACAAAAGGAGCCUUAUUGAAAGUGUGUGUACUCUUUUUGAGACUUACAGUUUUUGCUGAUCUGAGAACAGCUGUAAAUCGAGCACAAUCCAUAAUUCGAGAUGUUGAUUGUAUCUUUUUGAACCAUUUGACUACCUCAUGUUGUUAUAUGAAUGUGUAAUUUGUGUAUUAAGUGUGUAUUCAUAUGUGUGUGUGAGUGUUUUCUGUGCCUAUGUUUGAGCUCAACAAAUUGCUAUAACAGAUGACACUGCUGGUGGAUGAUUUUUGGGCCCUUCUUGUUGCAGUUUUACUUUUUUUUUGUCAAUCUCAAAUCAAUCAAUGAAGAUUUUGAGCUUCACCGUGAUGCCAAGAUUGCCUUAUUUGGGCAUUUUGUAAAUGUGUAAACUUUGAUUAUCCUUUUAUUAUCAUGAGUUUUUCUUUUUAAACCUUUGAUAUAUGCUGUAAAUAUGCAUGAUAUGUGUAUACCCAUUAUGUCCAAUAAAUUCUCAUCAUAUUUUACAA